UAAAUAAAAUUUUGCCGCGUAACGAAAUAUUGAAAUUUAUUAUAUACACACAUUACGUGUAUGAAAAAUGAAAUUUAAUAUAUUUAUUUUAUUAAAUUUAUAAAAAAUAAUUGAAAAUAAUAAAUUUCGACAAAAAAAAAACGUAAAAUAACUUUGAAAAACAACAAAAUUGAAAUAUUUGAAAAAAAAAAAAAAGAAAAUCAUUGACACCCGAGCGAUCAAAAUAUGAAGAAUUUGUGUGUUUUAAUUUAGUUUAUUAAGAAAUUGAAAUUAUUAAUAGUAUUAUAUAUAAAAAAAAAUUAUAAAAUAAAAUUUAUAAUUAAAAAAAAGAGAAAGAAGAAUUUCAUAUAUUAAUAAUAAUAAUUAAUAUAUAUAUAUACAUAUGUAUAUUUUCUACUAAAAAAUUUAUUAUAUAAAUGUUUAGUACUAAGUUAUAAAUAAAAUAAUUGAGAAUUUAACAAAAAAAUAAAUAAAUAAAUAAAAAAAUUCAAAGUGGUAGAGUAACGAAAAUUAUAAAAAUUUAAAUAUUUUUAAUUUCUCGAAAAAAAAGAAAGUUUAUAUUAUUAUAAUAUAAAAUAAUACACGCACACACACACAAAAACACGUAUAUAUGCAAUAUAUUUUUAUAUACGCCGUAAACAUCCAUGUAAAAUACGAUCAUAACAGUAAAAUAUAAAAUAAUAAUAAAACAAAGUAAAUUUUAAUUAAAAAUUAAUUACAAAACUGUUAUAUUUUUUUUUUUAAAUUUUAAAAGAGCCGCAGAAAAUUUUUUUUAUAAAAAUUUUUAAUUCUUGUAAACAUUUUACAGAAGAUUUUCACAAGAUUCCCACAAAUACACUCAAAAUAAAAAAAAAAACCAAUACAAAUGGAAAAAUCGAUUUAUUUAGCAAUAAACAAAUUACAAUGAAUAUUAAUUUCAAAUUGAAAUUUAAUAAAAUAAAAAAUCGAAAUAAAAAUAAUAAAAGUUCACCUUAACCUAAAAUGUAUUAUGAAAAAUCCUAUAAUAACAAAAUUUAAAUUUUAAAAUAUUUAUACAUUUAAGAAAUUCGAAAUAGAAACGCAAAAACAAAAUAAUUGUAUUAAAAUAAAACAAAGGUGAAUAAAAAAAUCGAAUUAGAAAAAAAUUAAGAAAUUAAAGAAUAAAUUACAAAAAUCGAGAAUAUUUUAUAUCUUUAUAGUGGAAAAUGUUUAAUAAAAUUUUCCGUCGCGGUAAAACAACAAAAGAUGAUGUUCCUCCAUUACCAAGUUACAAAAAUUCACUUAAAUCAACACCAGAUUAUGAAUAUGGAUCAAAAAAUUACAAUCUAAACAACAGACCAUCUUAUUCAACACAAUCAAAUACCUCGCUUCCAAACAAAUACACUCCAAUUAAUGAUGUGCCUCCUCCAUGGUCAAAUUAUGAUACAACAAAAUAUGAUAGUACACCUAUAAAUAGAACACAAAAUGUUUAUACAGCGCCACCACAACGUAAUUUACCAUAUAAUCAACCACCAAAUAAUAAUAAUAAUAUACCAGCUGGUAGGGAACAUGAUAAGCCAUUUCAGCAAUUUUCUGUUGGAAGUCCAAAUCAAACUCAAUAUAUUCCACCACCAUAUAAAACAAAUAAUCUAACAUAUUCCAAUCGAAACGAUAAACCUGACUCAAGGUAUGAUACAACGUCUGGAGAUCGAAGUCCAUAUAUAACAUUAGGUUCUACAUAUUCUCAAGGGCGUCCUCCUCCAUAUGAACCUUUUAAACGAGAUGGAUCAACUAGUCGUGCUCCUAAUUCGCAACCAGGAACACCUACAGCAGGAAGAAGAGAAUUAUAUGAUGCGUAUCGAUCAACACCAAGCAGAACAUUUGAAUCACCGCAAAGAGAUCCAAUUGGAAAUAGAUCCGCCUUUCCACCAUCAAAUAGUAACCGAUUUGGGGCAAGAGUAUAUGAAUCACCCGCUAGAGAACAUACUAUUAACAAAAAUAGCAUUGGACCUUAUAGCUACAAUGCACCAAGUUAUGCUUCUGAUAUGCCUCAUCGAAAUGUCACAUCACCAUACAAUGAAUAUUCAAAUCCACAUAAUCAAGAAUCUUCACGUCUUAAGAACAAUAGAAAUGCAUUUGGCCCAAAUUAUAAUAAUUCAGUGACGACUAACUAUAAUGAUAACAAUACACCAACCUAUAAACCGACUUUCAAUGCAAAUAACAUCAGUAAUCCAUCCCAAGCACCACCUUCUCCAGAACCUGGAAAAUAUGUUCCUUAUGCCGUAAGAAAAGCACUAAAAGAGCAACAACAGCAACUAAAGGAACAACAAGCAAAAGAAGAUUCAAAAGUUGGAUAUUACAACUCCAAUUCAAAUAACUCCAGUAAUCCGGUGAAAUCUAAGUCUCCUACAUCAAAAUAUACAUUUAAUCCAUAUAAAACUUCAUAUGAAUCAUCCGAUCCCUCAAACAAAAUUAAUUCACCAUACAGUAGUUCAGAGAAACCACCAUAUAAUGAACAAAUCGGUCCAAAAAUUGUACCAAGAAAUUUUGAGACACCUGGCUCUCGAUUAGUAUCCCCACCAACACCAAAUUACGGUAACAGAUUUUUUGAACAAAAAUCUUAUAAUGAACCACCCGAACUACCUCCAAAAAAUAUUAUUCUAAAAAAUAAAACAACAGAUUUCAAUAGAAAUUUGCCUUUGAAUACUCAAACAUCGCAAAUUUAUCCUACUUCACCAAAUUACGGAUAUUAUAAUGCUGAUCAAAACGAAAACAAAUCCCCAUACAUAAACUUAACAAAUCAAACACCUUAUUCUCCCUCCUUUCAAACACCAACCCCUUCCCAACAUGAAUAUAUAAAUUUAUCUGCAACCCCAAAACCAUUUUCCAAUUCCCAACAAAAUUCAAAUGUACCAAUCAAAAAUUCAAAUUACGAAUUCAACAACAACAUAAAUUCUAAUGCGGAUCGUUUUAACAACAAACAAUUAAAUAGUCCAACACAAAAUAUAAAUACUACUAAUUUGUUCAAUACUAUAAAUAACACAGCUCCUGAUGCAUACAGCAACACUACAUCACCUCAUUAUAACGAUACAUUUACAAACUAUAAAACAACAUUUACACCACUUUCUAAUGAAAAUAAACAUGCUGACAAUACAAUAUCAAACAGAAAUGUUUAUGAGCCACAAAAAAAUCUGUAUGAUACACAUAAAAGUUAUGUGCAGAUGCCACAAUAUAAUUAUGGGUCAGGAGAGCAUGCUACAACUACAAUACCAACUAAUACAAAUGCAUUUGAUGAUUGGCUGCCAAAAAAUGCUUCUAAUUCAAAUGAAAAUUCAUCGCAUAGUAGUACUCGAAACGAAAGUGAACUGUGGAAACGUCGUGAAAAAGAUAAUGCUGGUGCUGAUGAAUUUUCAUCAACAGCAUUUGGAACGGUGCCAUCUAAUUUAAAUGCAAACGAUUAUUUUAAUGAUAAAAAGAAUUUAGAACACCGUGGUCUAAAUAAUGAUCUCUCAUUAAAAGCGGACAGUAAUUUCGAUCGAUACUCAACACCGAAGCAAUCACAAACACAAGAACAACAGGAAAAACCAAUUUUUAAUUAUAAAUUAAAACAACAAAUACCUUCAUCGCAACAAAUAUCUUCAACACCUUACUCAAUUGCAUCACCUUUACUUGAUGCCGCAACAAUAUCAGUUGCUACAGUGAAAUCUCCAGUUCAACCUGUAAAUGAUAAAGGAGACGAUGAAAGUGAAAAUGAGCAUGUAUCAUCAUCAGAAAAGAUUAAUGAAGCUACCUCUGAGGACAGAUCUUCAAAGUCUCCUAAAAAAUCUGUAAGGUUUUUUAAUAAUCCAAUUGAUAAAAGUCGCGAUUUUAUAAGUGAUAUAAUGGCUAAAGGGCGAAAUCGUGGUCAUCACAACAAACAUCGUAAUAACAACAAUAAUAACAAUAAUAAAAAAUCAAAGGAUACCAAAAGCGAUGUAACAAAAUCGCCGUUAAUUGUAUCAAGUAAUGCAACUACUGAUUUACAAGAUCUAGAAAGUUUAAAUUCAAAAAAUGAAAGUGAAAUUUUAAAUAAUUUAAAAAAUAUAAGUGAUUUAAGUGGUAACAAAAACGUUAAAAAUGAAAAUAGUGUAGAAUCUAACACAAAUAAUAACACUGAAGAUGAUAAAAUCGGUUAUCAAAUAACAAAAUCUAAAAAUAGCCGGGACAUUGUACAAAAAUUACAAAAUUCCCGUGCAAAAUUAGCAUCUCCUGAAGACGAUGAAAGUGAUAAUAUUUUUGGCAAAAAUGAAAGAAAUUCCGCUGACAACCACAAAAAUAAAUGCGAUGAUACAGACAAUACAGAUACAGAAACAUUAGAUGAAGCUUUCGAAGAUGAUGACGACACAAUAAAAAUUUCGAAUAUUGCAAAGAAAAUCGAAAGCACAGAAAGCUUACAAAAUAAAACGUCACAAAAUGACAUUAAAAAUUCAAAAAGCGCGUGCGAAAAUAAUAUCAACAACACUGAAAGCUCAUCGGAGAAAAAAAUUUCAUCUCAAAAUAUUCAACAACAACCACUACAAACAAACCCUGAACGAAAUUCAAAUUUAUCGUCAGUAAAUGAAAAUAAUUCAAAUUAUACUAACAGAUCAUCCGCGCGCGUCGGUAAUUCACAACCAUCAGUGUCAACAACAAGAAACACAUCAAAAACAGAUUCUUACGAAAACCUUAAGAAAAAUUCAAAUAAAAAUAAUAAUAAGAAAAAUAAAAAUGAUGAACAAAUUGAGAAGAUAGAAAAACUUUCAGAAUUAGCUGAAUGUGAUCGUGAUAAUUUUAUAAAGACUCAAACUACAAGUAUGGGUCAAACACAAGCUAAGGCAUCUACAUCAACGGCGAAACCAGAAUCGCCACGCCUUGGAAGAUCAAGAUCAUCAUCACCACCAAAUAGAACAAGCAAUAAGCCAAUACAAUUAAAUAGUAGCGAUUAUGCAGAAAUUUAUAAAUGUUCGUCACAACGUGAACGUGAACCAGUCAUUGAAGAGCCAUUAUCACCAACAACUCCAUUAUCACCAACAGAAUCUUGUGAUCAAUUUUAUGAUUUAACAAAUGAUACAUCAAAUAUAACUAAUCCAACAACACCUUUACCCAAAGUUACUGUUGCAGAUUAUAGUGAAGAAUCACAUAACUCUAAUAUUGAACCAGAUGUAUUUUAUGAUUUUGAAACAAUCAAUACAAAUUAUAAUGGCGAUAAAAAUUUAUCAAAAUCUCCACCAAAAUAUCCUCCACCACCACUAUCACCAUCCGCCCAAUUUAAAUCGCGAUCAACUUCUCCCAUUGAUAUUGUUACAUUAGAAGAUAUUGAAGAGGAAGAAGAUGAAGAUGAUUGGCAUUUUGUAAGUGAUAAUAAAAAUGAUAGCAAUAAUAAUGAAAAUACCAGCAGCAAUGAUAAGUCAAUAGAUUCUAAGCAACAACAAAAUCAACAGCAGCAAAAUUCCACUUCACCUAAAACACAAAAUAAUUAUCUUAACUCACCAACAUUUGGUCGUAAAAUGGAUACUUUAACAAUAUCAGCACAACAGAAACCACCAUCACCAAUUUUAUCAAGAAAAUCACCAUUACGUCAUAAAUCACCAUUUGAUUAUGAUGAUCAUACAGAUGGUUUAAAUACACCUGAUUCAGGUAUAGGUGGUGCAACAACACCAAUUUCGGUAACAAUUACAGCAAAUUCUUCAAUUAAUUCAUCUAAUAAAGUUCUUGUAAUAAAUAGCUGUGAUUUAGUAAAUGAUACCGAUGAUAUUGAAUUAUUACAAUCACAUCAAAAACAAUCUACUAGCAGUAGUAAUUAUUUUAAUAUUCAUAAUGAAAUUAAUAGUAAUAAUAUUCAUAAUAACGGUAACAUAAUUAAUUUCUGUGAAACUAAUAAUUACAUUGAACAUAAUACAACAUCUAUAGUUAUCGAUAGUAUAAGUUUACCAGAUGUUGUUAUUGAAUCAAAACCAAAAGAAACAGAUACUCAAAAUCAAUUAACUGUUAAUAAUAAUAAUCAAAAUGGUGAUUAUAUUUUAAAUGUUAGUAAAAGUAAAAGUGAAGGUAAUGUUCAUUUUAUACCAAUUCAUGUUGAAGGACGUGAAAAACCAAAAAUUGAAAUUGUUGAAGAAACAACUGAAUUUUCGAGUUCAAUCGAUAAUAAUAAUAAUAAUAUAAAUAAUAUUAAUGAUAGUAAUAAUAUAAUAAAUAACGGUUUUAUUGAAGAUAUUAGUAAUCAGAAUAAUAGUAUUAAUAAUAGUGAUAAUUUUAAUAAUAAUAAUAAUGUUGACAUAAUAUCAGAUAUAAAUGUAAUUAAAGCUGAAGAAACUGCAUCUGAAAUUGAAGAAGAAACCAAUGAAAAUCUUAAUGGAAUUGGAAAAUCAAUUCAUUCUAAGGAUAAUGAAGAAGAUUAUAAGAAAUUAGAAAAGGAUUUACAACGACAAUUAAAGAAAGUAAAUGAGGAAAAACAAAAGAAAGAGGAAGAAUUAAAGCGUGAAUUGGUUAGCCAAGAAGCACGUUUCAAUGCUCAAUUACAGGAAGCACAAAAAAAUGCCUCUAGCGCACAAGAACGAGCACAUGAGCUACAAAUGAAAAUCGAUCAAUUAGAACAAGAUAUUUCAUUAAAGUCGUGGCAUAUUGAACGACUGAACGGGGAAAUUCAGGCUAUUCAACAAGAACAUUCUUCUGUAAGAAAACGUCUACAAACAAUUGAAGAUGAAAAAGAACGCUUACGACAGAAGCAUCUUGAUGAAGAAGAUGAAUUUAAUAUUAAAUAUGAAAAUCUUGAGGACAAGUACAAAGAACUCGAAGAAAAAUAUAAUAAACUUCGUCAAUUGGCUUCAACAUUACAAACACAAUUGGCAACAGCAAAAGGUGAAGUUGAUGAUUUACGAACCGAAAAAGAUCAAUUAUGUGAAGAAAAAGAUGCUCAAUUGAAAAAUUUACAAGAACUUUUAGAUAAAGCAAUUGAAGAACGUAAAGAAUUGGAAAUUAAAUGGCAAAAAGAAUUUGAAUUAUUAAGAAAUCAUAAUCAAGAACAUGAAGAACAAUUACUAACGGAUUGUGAAUAUCAAUUAAGAUCAAUGCAAAAGAAAUGUAAAGAAAAAAUUGAAGCUGCCGAAAAAGCAAAACAAGAAGCAUUAGAGCGUAAUGCAGAAUUAGAAGAAAAAGUUGCUGAAGGUGAAGGUUAUAAUGAAAGACUGAAAAAUUUACAAGCUGAAGUAAGACAAUUACGUGGUCUUACAAAUGAACAACGUGAAUCAAUAACAUAUAUGCAUGCACAAAUUGAAGAAUUAAAGAAUGACUUAGAAGCUGCCAAUAUUGACUUAGAAAGUAAAAUUGAAGAAGUUAGAAAAAUUAAAUUAUUCUGCGAUAAUACACUCCUGUUCAAAGAUAGAGAAAUGAUCCAAAAAAUAGAUGAAGCUACAAGAGAAGUAGCAACAAUUUGGGAGGACAAAUUAUUAACAGAGAUGACAAGACUGACUAAUGAAUUAGAAGCAGUUCAUUCAGAAGAACGGCUUUCUGAUAUGAAUAAAUUACAAGCUGAACAUAUAGAAGAAUUAAAAGUUUUAACAAAUAGAUAUACAAGUAAUGAAGAAGAGCUUAGAAAACAGCUUGAAGAAGUCUCAGAAAAAUUACAAGAAAAAACUGAGAAAUAUUUAGAACUUCGUGAUAAAACAGAUGAAGAAAUUCUAAAAACUCGAAUACAUUUAGAUAAGGCUGAUAGAGAAUAUCAACAAGCUAUGAAUAGAGAAUUAGAUAAAAAAUUGGAAUUAGAAGAAAACUUACGAAAAGAAUUCGAAGAGGAAAAAGCUGAAAUGGAAGCAGAUUUUCAAAGGCGUAUUAAUGAAAUCAAACAAAAUUUUAAAAAAGAAAUGGCUAAUCAAACACAAGAGAUAGCAGAAAGGCAUCGUUUACAACUUGAACAACAAUGGGAUCAAUUGGCUGCUGAAAAAGAAGAUGCAUUACAAACAUUAGAAAAACGACAUAAAAUCAAAUUAGAAGAUCAAGAAAAUCGAUUACGAGAACUGCUAGAUGAUCAUAGAAAUUUGGAGACUCAGCAUAGAAGGGAUCUCAAAGAUUUAAAAGAAGCCUAUGAUUUAGAUCGUUCAGCAUUACAAAAUCGUGAUAUUCAUAAUUCACAAGAAAUCGAGCAAUUACAUAGAAAAUGCAGAUGUUUAACAAAUUUAUUCGAGGAAAUGCGUUUACGAUAUGAACGUCGUGAACCACGUCCCGAAGAUUUACGUGAAAUUGAUGAAUUAAGAGCUCGUUGCGAUUCACAGGAACGUGAUUUAUGUGAAUUAACUGAACGUUUACGUGAAAUGCAAAUGCAAAUGGAAGAAAUGCAAGCAAUUAAUGAUGAACAACAACAUCGUCAUAGCAGUGGAAAUCGUAAAAAACAACCAAUACGUAAACCACCACCAAAACAGAUUCCCAUUAGUUGUGAUGUUAUUUAUGAAGAAGAAAAUGAAGAAACGGAAUCUUUAGGAGAUGAAAAUAAAAAUGGUGAAUAUAAUAAUGAUACUUUAAAAAUAAUCAAUAAAGAAAAUAAAAAUGAUAAUAUUGAAGAAGAAGAGGAAGAGGACGAUGAAGAUGAAGAAGAGGAGGAUUAAAAUUGAAUAAAUAAUUUUAAAUAAUUUAUUUUAAUUAAUAUUUAUAUAAAAAGAAUAAAUAAUUUUAGAUGGAAUUAAUAAAAAAUUAUAAUUGAAAAUCGACUGAUUAACCAAAAACGACAGAAUUUAUGAUCGAAAUACAUAUACAGAAUUAAUAAUUUAAUAUUAUGAAUGAAAAAUAAUAUAAACAAUAAUUUCUGAAAUAAUUUUUAGAAAAAAAAAAAUAUUUAAAGAUAAUGUUUAGCUUUUUGUUUAUUCUGUUUUUGGCUAAAAAAAAAAAAAACUUUUUUUUUUAUUUAUUGUUUUUUUUUUUUUUUUAUAAUAUUAAUUUGUUUAUUAAAUAUUAUAAUGUUGUAAAUAUUUAUUUUGUGAAAAAUUAAAUAACGUAAUAAAAUAAUUAAACUAAAA